UCUUGUGAAAAGUCGCUGUAAAUCUGUCGCAUCCAUGGCGCGCCCUUUCUGCUCGCAGCAUCUCUGUGCCGUCCCGUUAGACUUGGACAUAAAAUAGCAGAAACAUCUGGCCAAAACUUACCGAUAACAAGCUGCGCCCUCUUCCACAUCCCGAUCUCUACUGCUGCCCCGAAACUUUUGUUGCUCUUCCCUCGAAGGCUUGCUGAUGGACGGGGAUGUGUGUGUCCGGCUCCGGUGCGGAUCUACAGCGCGGCCACAGCGGCGGAGGAGAAGGAGAUCCGAGCUGCUGGGAGUGCAGAUGUGUGUGAUGGGGCUGCUGCUCGCCGUGCUGUCAGGACUGGCUAACUGGACUGGCAAUUCGAAGUACGUCAUGUCCAGCAUGUCCUCUGAGGUCAGUGAGACAUGGGAGAGCCGCAGGCUUCUGCAGCACGUCACCAAUGAGACCUUGAGGAACUGCACUCCACCAGGUAUACAUGAGUUCCCUGAAGACCUCUUCACCAACCAGGAGCGAAUGGAGGGAGCUGUGGCCCUGCACAUCAUGAGUGCCAUGUACAUGUUCUAUGCCCUGGCCCUGGUGUGUGAUGACUACUUUGUACCAUCCCUGGAGAAGAUUUGUGAGCGCCUCCAUCUCAGCGAGGAUGUGGCUGGAGCAACGUUCAUGGCAGCUGGCAGCUCAGCACCUGAACUCUUCACCUCUGUCAUAGGAGUGUUUAUCACCAAGGGAGAUGUAGGAGUAGGAACAAUCGUAGGUUCUGCAGUCUUCAACAUCCUGUGCAUCAUAGGAGUGUGUGGGAUCUUCGCUGGGCAGGCCGUGCGUCUCUCCUACUGGACUCUAAUGAGGGACUCCAUGUACUACACUGUCUCAGUGGCCACUCUGAUCGUGUUUAUCUACGAUGAGAAGGUUACAUGGUGGGAAUCUCUUGUCCUGAUUUUGAUGUACCUGGUUUACAUUUUAAUAAUGAAAUGUAACUCGUACGUGUUGCACUACUUUGAGCGGAGGAAGAAGAAAGCUACAAACCUGGGAAAUGGUACGGCAAGCAGCACAGACCUUGAUGAUGGAUGUGAUGCUACAGCUGUGCUACUCAAAAAAGUGAAUUUCCACAGGAAGCCGUCAGUACUGAUGGUGGAUGAGUUACUGUCUGCGUACCCACACCAGCUCUCCUUCUCUGAAGCUGGCAUGAGAAUCAUGAUCACUAGUCACUUUUCUCCACGCACCCGACUUACCAUGGCCUCCCGCAUGCUCAUCAUGGAGAGGCAGCGUCUCAUCAACGGUCAUUUCAGUAAUGGGGAUUCAGAGGUGACAGUCAAAUUUCCUGUAAGGCGUACAAUGGAGAACGGCAUUGUGAGUGUAGAGCGAGGCCCGAAUACAUGGAGGAAUGGGCAUCGUGAUGACGACACACGAGGAGCAGAUCCUGGCACUGAUACAGAGAAUGAGAACGAGGAUAAUGAGAACAAUGAGAACGAUGAAGAAGAAGAGGAGGAAGAAGAUGAGAACGAAGGACCUUUUGUUCCUUUCCACUGCCCAGGGGGCAUGUGCAAUAAGGUGAAGUGGCUGUUGGCAUGGCCGCUGAGUCUGAUGCUUUUCUUCACGGUGCCCAACUGUGCCUCACCUCGCUGGGAGCGCUGGUUCAUGGUCACCUUCAUCACCUCCACACUCUGGAUCGCUGGCUUCUCUUACAUCAUGGUGUGGAUGGUGACAGUCAUUGGCUUCACUCUGGGCAUCCCAGAUGUCAUCAUGGGAAUUACAUUUUUGGCUGCAGGCACCAGUGUCCCUGACUGCAUGGCGAGCCUUAUAGUGGCACGACAAGGCCUAGGUGACAUGGCCGUGUCUAACUCCAUUGGCAGUAAUGUUUUUGAUAUACUGGUCGGUCUGGGGCUGCCCUGGGCUCUCCAGACUCUUGCUAUUGACUACGGCUCAAUUAUUCAUCUCAACAGCAAAGGCCUCAUUUUCUCUGUUGGAUUGCUCUUAGCAUCCGUGUUUCUCACGGUUCUGGGUGUGCAUCUGAAUAAGUGGACCCUGGACAAACGUCUGGGCUUUGCGUGUCUCCUGAUGUAUGCUGUUUUCCUGUGUUUCUCCAUCCUUAUUGAAUUCAAUGUCUUCAUCUUUGUCAAUCUGCCUACUUGUCAUUGACACCUCUCUUCUUGAUCACUACCCUCUCUUGGCCGGUUCCAUGAGGACUUGUCAUUCCUUGUCUAAGGAAGAUCUGAGCAGUCCUUUAUGAAAACUUUCUUCUUGAUCCAGUAAAUCCUCCCCUUUUUUCCACUUUUGAUGGAGCAUUUGGUCAGUGGCUUUUGCCAGUGGAAAGAGGAAAGGAGAGGAGCAGAUAUGAAUGGUGGAUCUGUUCAAAGAUGCAAACUUCUUAGACAGGACCAGGAGAUGGACAAAGAUGACUACUGCCUGGUUUGAUGUGAAAACGAAAAGGUUUGAAAAUUUUAUAUGAAAAUUAAUAACUUGUUUGUUAUUGAAAUAUUAAGAAUUUUAUGUCUGUGUUUUGAUUACAUUUGUUUUAUUAGCUGCUAAACUGGCUAAGAAAAGGUCAGACUGAAGACCAUGGCCAUGAUGUACUGAGUACUUAUGGAUACAUGAAGUUUAUGAUUUUGAAAGAUUUCUUAAAGGAUUACUUUAGGAGUAGCUAAAAGGUACUGGUGACCUGUUAUAUAUUCUUAUGGACAAUAUUGAUGUGGUUGAUCAUGUGACUGGAGAUUAUCAUGGGCAUUAAACCCAGAUUGAGUAUUUCAAACCUCCCUCACCAGCUCUGUCUGGAGGCCAGGGAUUAUCAAAAUGGAGGAUUUUUAAUAUGUUAAAUAAGAGUAUGUUUACUUCUUGACUAGAUGAUGAGUAGGAAAGGUUGAAAGGUUGCUGUAAAUGAACAGAUGAUGAUAUUUUUAGUAAAGUAGUUCUGGACAUAUGUUCCCUUGAAGGUCAUGCGGAACAUGUAAAUAUCGUUGAUACAUGGUAGAAUGAAAUAUUUCAAUCAGGGUUCUAGUCGUCUUGCCAAAAGUAAACUAUUUAUGGUAAAAUUGAAAAUGAAAAUAUGUUGAUGCUGAUAUGAGAUGUGUAAAAAGAUGUUUACUAAUUAUUUGUCAGUUACUCUGUAUAUAUGGAAGCAGAGAUUUGUCUAUUUAAUAAUUUAUUGAAAACUAUUUAUGCACAUUAAUUUCUUAUUGUAGUCUUAAAAAAAUCCACAGCUGUCCCAAAGAAAAGACCAGUUUCAGCCAGGCUUUGUCACUUUAACUUUGAAAGCUUUGUGUGUCACUUUUUUUUUUUAAUGAACCUGUUUCAGCAUACCAGAGUGGCAUGAUCGCCAUGAGGGGUCAACUGACAGUAUGUGUGUUUCACACAGUGUUUCUGGUCCCAGAGGGCCAUGCAAACCCAAGUAGCUGAUUAGCAGGAACGCAUCCUGGUAAAAUGAAGCUAUUGUUGUAGUUAGUAGGGUUUUAGCAAAAACAUGAUUUUCUGCACGCACACACAUAUAUAUAUAUAUACACACACACACACACACACACAUAUACACACACACACACACACCCUGCUCUCGUAAAUAUUUCAAAAUAGAUUGGGUUCAGAGGAUGAACCCAAACAUCAUCUACGAAUCUAUAAAUAUAUAAAAGCUCAUCUGUUUGGACUGCUUUCAUGCAAACUGCAAACUAAUUGGAUUAUCUAGUUUGGAGAUAUCACUUGAAGAUGAAAAAUAUCAUCACCAUGGACCUGCCUGUGCACUGUGAACAGUGGUACAGCAUCUGUAAACCUAUGAACUGUAUCUCAUCAGAGGGCUUUAAAGAUUUUAGAUAGCUGUCCAAAUCCAGCUACAGUAACGCAACCCAAGUCUCUCUGUCA